AGUAGCAGAUAUGUGGAAGUCCUGAGACUCCUGGCGAUGCAUCGCUGGUUGCCGUGGUUUUGAAGUAUGUCAGGCUUCGUUUUCCACACCAUUGUUAUAUCCGUGCACUUUUAAUGAUCUGGGGAUUGUCACGGGGUGAUGGCUAUCGGAUCAUGGUACAAGCUCGGUUUUGGAUACACUCCGUAACUGGAAGUCAAACUGUCAACACGUUCAUGGGAACGGGUGUACGCGGUCUCAUGAGAAGAGGGUUCCACAGAACCUGUGCGUCGAGACGAUGAAGACCAAGGCAUUACGCACCGUUCGGAAGCAUCCUGCCCGGGUCUGACCACUGUCUCCCACGGCCAUGAAGACCCAGACGACGACCACCGCCACCGACCCAGACGGCCAACCGACCCCCACGCCCACCCGCCAGCGGCUGGCCCGCUUCCGCCUUCGCUCCCGGAAGAAGAAGGAAGGGGUCAUCCAGGGCAAGCUGCGCAUCAAGUCCCUGCCCGGAGCCUUCCUCAUGCUGGGCGUGGUGGUGGUGGUGGUGGGCACGGCUCUGGCUGUGGCCGGGUAUUGGCCCUACAGGACCAGCCGCUCUGUAAGCAGCCCCCCUCCAGGCCACUCUGCUGCAUCUGGAGGAGGUGCUGCAGGUAGUCAGCUGGAGGCCCAGUCGUCUGGAUGGGGCCUCAGUGCCAAGGGCUUGCUGUCGACGGCGGGCCUGAUCCACAGCGAGCGGAUGAAGCUCCUGGGCCCGGUCAUCAUGGGGGUGGGCCUGUUCAUCCUCAUCUGCGCCAACACGGUGCUGUACGAGAACCGCGACCGCGAGACCCAGAUGCUGCUGGCGCAGAUGCGCAACGUCAUCUGCUCGGUGUCGGCCGCCGUGCCCUCGGCCGACCUGGCGGAGCUGGCGGUGAGCUCGCUGACCGCCCGGCACUACCAGUGGGUCAGCAGCCUGCCCGCCGCCCACCUCAACAUCCUCUGCAUGCAGGAGCUCACCAGCUCCGAGCCGCUGCUGUACCGCAAGAGCGCCGGGCUGGUGGACGACAGCGACGACGACGGGGACGGGGACGCCGUGGAGAACCAGGAGCGACAGCGUCGGAGGAGGAGGCCCUCAGCAGGGAAGGGGAAGGUGAAAGGAGGGCAGCAGGGCGGCUCGGUGUUGAGGACGGAGGUGGUGCACCACCAGGAGUCAGCCUCCACCCCCUCCAUCCCCACCCUGUCCUCCAACUCCUCCACCUCCUCCAGCAAGGCGGAGGACCUUAAGGAGCCCCACACAGAGGUGGUGGAGGUGGACACAGGCGAUACGGACUCGCUGGCUGCUGCUGCUGGUGAUGGGUCGCAGAGCCAGGUGUCCUCUUGGGUGGAGCAGCAUCAGCACCAGCAGCACCACAGACACCACCCCAGGCUGGAAGGCAUAGUAGUAGGUCACAAGCUUAGCGACUGCCUGACGGCCUCCUCCUUGUCCACGCUGGAGGGGGACGACUGGGACAGGGACAGGGGGCGGGUGUCGGCGCUUCCCACCAGGCGAUCCCAGAGCCUCAGCUGUAGGACUAACCCCCGCAGCAGCAGCAGGGCGCCGCCCCAAUCUGUGGCGGUGCGAAUGGAAACGGAGCUGCCUGAUGAUAAUGACUAUGAUGGUGGUGAUGGCGGCGGUGGUGGUGGACAUUCGGCUGAACGUGACCAGCCAAAGCAAGCUUCUUCGGAGGUGCAUGUUAACUUGGGACUCAUGGACGAGACCAUUGAGGUUCCUCUGAUCGAGGAGCAGAGGCAUCGGAGCUGGCCACGUCUGGAUCUGGGCUAUGCACGGCGGUACUUGAAGCUGGAGAACAAGGAAGACUCGGUGGAUAAACUGCUGGAUCAGCUGGAGCAGCAGUGCACGCAGUGGGACAAGAGUUUCGGCUCCGGGCCCUUUCAGUGACUUCCAGGUUUGGCACACUACUUCCUGCAAAAAUGACAUCACUUCCUGAAUUCUCCAUGACGGCCAUGUUGGAUCUCCCCCUUUUUGCAGUGGGAAGUGGAUAUAUAUCCAUGGAAACAGUGGAAAUGUGGCUAACAGCAUUGUGUCGGGAGUUCUACAGGCUCUCCCCAUUGGUUGUCGUCUUCCAAACAAAGGAGAGGUUUAGCAAACGAACAAAAACAACUUUGCAGUCUUCCCCCCCCCAAAAAAUGAUGGUAUUGUUAUGGACUUAAGUUAUUAUUAAGGGAUGCAAAAUACCAUGGAAGGACCAUUCCAAAGGCUUGUAACAUUUUCCGAAAGGCAUGGCUGCGAUUUUCAGUGGCAUGGGAUAUGUAAACAGAGAGCAGGGCUGGUGUCGAGGUCGGAUUAAUUUGAGAGAAUGCAGAGCCCAGGCGAUGGAAGAUGAGAGGAGCGAUUUGCCGAUUUGUGUACAAGAGAGAGGAGACUGUUGUUGGUUCGCUAUGCGAGUGUGCUGGAAAGUGCCGGAACGGCCUCACUCCUUGCCAAACAGAGAGGCCGAUUUCCCGAACGUCCUGUGCCCAGAGACGCGGCGCAACACGCAUGUUUCACAAUAUGCUAUGACAUUUGACGGAAAAAGGGAUUACAAAAUGGAUGACUUGUCACUGUGCAAUCGACACAAACAAUAAAUGCAAGUAAGCCCAAAGGUGCUGAUAGAUUUUAUUGUUUUUUUUUCUUAUUAUUAUUUUUAAUAACAGGAAGUUCACAAUGAGGAGAUUGGUCUGGGUAAUUACUGUAAGAAAGAACGUAUUCUCACCAGAUCAUGCAGAGAAAGGGAUGCCACUACUAGCCCCACAGAGCAGAUUAUUAUUCCCACUAGCUCUGAGGAGAGGAUUAUUUGGAUUUAUGUGUCAAGAUGUCCGUGAUGGUCAUGAAGCAGUGGAGAGGCUCUUCCUUAUAACUCUCUCUAUUCCCAUGAUGAUGUCUAUUUGUUGUACGCAGACAAAAUCUAAUGUGUCUGUAUUUGGGUGGAUAUGUGUGCAAGAGAACGGCUGAGUGUGCGAGACUAGUGUGUCUCAGAGAGAGAGAGAGCGAGUCUGAAUGUGUGUGUGUGGUGUGUGUGUGUGAGAGAGAGAGAGAACGAGAGAGAGAGAGAGAGAGAGAGAGAGAGAGAGAGAGAGUGCGUGUGUUUGUGUGUGACUGUGUGUGUGUGUGUGUGUGUGUGUGUGUGUGUGUGUUGUGUCGUGUCGCCAGGGGUGUUGGGUGUGGGUUGACUGCUCUUGGGUGUAAUAGCCGUGGUCAUCAGUGUUAUUGCAUGCAGUGAAGCAGGUAUUUGCGAUCAUGACAUUCCCAGGGCCAAACCACACACUGUCUAGUGGGGAUCGAUCGCUCUCAACAGUGUUUACAAAAACCAUGACAGUCUGUACCCUUCUGUUUUUCAGUCAGACCCCUCUCUCUUUACUCAAUUCUUCUCCCGUCUGUCUUUCCUUUUCAUCUCUUUCCAUGUCUGUUUCUUUUGUCUCCCUUCUUCUCUUUAGUGUUGCUCCCAUUCUCUCCCUCUCCCUCUCCACCUCCUUCUCUUACCAUCGCCUUUCACCUGCGCCUGUCAUCACCUUUUCUCCCAUGUCUGUUUCAUGUUGUCUUUUCCUUGAUCGCUCCUCUCCCUCCCUCCCUCCCUCCCUCUCUGCCUCUCCCCCUCCAUCUCUCCCUCUCUUCUUCUCUCCCUCUCUCUUCUUUAUCAGUUUGUGAUGCCUGUUCCUGUGCGCCAUGUGAAGGCCUGUCGUGUUGUUUCUAAAUGUAUGCUAAGCAAUAUUAUGCAGACUGAAGAACAAUCAAACCAAUCAGUGACUCUAUACUUAUACGUACUUUCAAAGCCCUUUAUCUUCAUGGAGUGCAUUUUUUUUGGUGUGUCUCCACGCCUGUGUGACAAAUAAAGAGGCAACGCGAACCAUACAACAGUGUGCAAAAUCA